ACUAUUUAUCCCCUUACCUUUUGCAACUCAACCUGCAAAUACCCCUCUUUAAACCGCCCAACACUGCACGUAUGCUCAUCUCAGCGGAACACGACCCAUUUCCUGUUCCCAUCACGACGACAUCGUCGUAACUUGGCUAAGCGGAAAAGCAGCCACAUCCGUCACUGUAGACGAUACCCCGAGCGGCGCGCGUCGGUCGACAGUCACUGAGCAGCGCAACUCAAGACAUGUCAACAAAAACGCCUAGAAAAAGGCUUCUUCCGCCGUCACCUCUCGCGCUCCCUGCAUCAUCUUUACCUUCUCUCCUUCCAGAAGAUGAAAGUACCUCUUUAGGCAGCCCUAUAGACAGCAAAAGCUACCCUGUGCCUCAGCAGACGCCUACGAAGCCGCCUUUGUCCAAAUCUAUUCCUAUACCCGUGACAAGAAGGCGAAGCAAAUCUUACGUCUAUACGUCCUCUCCGCAUAGCCCAGAUUCGGUCCUUCCCUUAACCCCAAGCAGCACCAAGCAACAACUGUCCACGACUAGCAGACUGUCUACCAGUACCGCAACAGAGAUGAGCCGACUUGCGCUGGAAACGAGUUCUGUGAAGAGACAUAAGCUUGAUGCCAACUGUGAUGGAUCUCAACAGUGGGGUCACAAGGCUUGUUGCGGAAGAGACAUGAAACAGAAUGAUGAAGGCUCGGGUCUGUCGACUGGUUGGAGCUCUUCACAUGCCUCUGCCGAAAAGACAGGCGCGACCGUGGAGAAAAGUGCGCUCACGCCCAACCGGUCGGGCUCGACCGAGCACUCUUCGUCCAAAAAGCGCUUAAACGAACGAGGACGAGGGCAUAUGGUCUCUCAUCCAGAAAAUUGCCAACGAACAACAGACGCUGCUAGAAUAUGAUUUUGGGUGAUCAAUUUAGAUAUGUCGCAAAGAGAGAGACGGUCGCGAAAGACCGCAUAACGGAGAAAAAUUUGUCAUGCCUCGUGCCGACAGAAAAUACUAUCCUCGAGCAAGUCGAAAGGAAAGUAAGAGGCGCGACUGACGCUUAUAUCGACAUUCUAACUUCGGUAUCUGUGCAUUACCAGUCAAACCCUUGACGAAAGGCAUGGACGACAUACGCGAAAAAAGUUGCCCAAUGUCAAUGCCACUGCUAAACAGCGUAUGGCUUUGUUAUUGCUGUCCGAUGGCGAUGUGAGCCCCGCAGAGUCAAAGUGGAAUGUAUCUUUGUACACAUCAUGGCGAUCAUUAGAAGAUUAGAAAUAAAACGGCCCUUGGAGUCCGAUUAUAGUACCAUAGAGGCUGAACCUUGUAGAUGAGUUCAUUGUAUGUUCCAUAGAGGCUAUGAGCGAUUCACAAUAGCAUGCGUAGUAUGCCAAUUCUUUUGUCUAUAAUUCUCGUUUAGGUUCAGAUUCCAACACGUUCUUCCUGAAAUAACU